CGAAUCACCAGCAACUUUAUAAAACACUCUGUUUUUAAAUAUCGACAAGAGAGCUGUGAUUUAAUAUUUUUUUUUAAUCAAAAUAAAUAACACAUUGUUAUCAGUAAUAAUAUAAUAAAAUUAAAUAACAAUAAAAGUUAAGAUAAAUUUAAAAUAAUAAAUUACGAGACAAUAAUUAUUUUAUAUUUGUGAAUUAUUUAAAAAGCAACAGGUGAUAUGUUAAUGAGACAAUAAAUUAUUAAUAUUCAAUAGGAUAGAUAACAAGUGUAUUUUUUUGCAAGUGAAUAAUUAUUAUUUUUUUUUAAAUACUAAUAAGUUGGGUUUUUAAUAUUUAAGAUUUACUAAGCGCGAUGGUUUUGAAUAAAAAAAACAGUGCAGGUGCGGUUAAAAAGAAGAAUAGUGGUAAUGAGGUGGUAUCCUCGUCAUCAAGAUCAACAAUGGAUGCCGAUACUUCUGAAGAAAUCACAUCAUCCUCAUCCACGGUGGUGACAUCAUCGCGGGUGAUUGAAGAGGCGAGAUCAAGUGUAGAAACCACAAGUCAAAGCAAUGUGGUGGAGAUGACUAGUGGCAGUCGUGAAGUAAUUAUGGAUUCCAAGGGCAAUAUUAUCAAGGUCAUUGAGAGUGCGCCGAGGAAGACGAAGCAAAUUAUGACGAAAGGAGGCAGAGAUUCGGCGGACUUUAUCCGCGGGGAACAGACGCAAAUGUUGCAGGAAGUCAGAGAUGGUAAUAAAAAUAUUGGAGAUAAUAUAGGGUUUCCUGGUGGUCAUGUAGUGUCUUCCUCGUUCAGUUCGUCUUCGCACUCUGAACAAGCCUCCAGUGAGUCUCACGAAACUACACACCAGGGCGUAACAAGCAGCCGGUCUUCGGAGAGCCAGCAGUCCAACAAAAUUAUUUCAGAAGGACGUCAAGUUGAUGGAAAGGUUUAUACUGACACUAAGAAGGUGCAGGAGUCUUUGAUGAGCCAAAAUGUCGAUGGUAAUGUCGUAGCAAGUCGAGAAAAAAAUGUAUUUAAUGAGAGUACUGUAGAACCUUCCGGAAAAUCUGAGCAUGUGACGUUUAUUGAUAAGUCUCCUAAAUGUGUGCCCUCAUUGAGACCUGGAGAGUCAUCUUGGGACGGUAAGUUUGUGUAUGAUAAAUCAGGAGCUGAUUCUCAGACUCAGUUAUCGAAACCGAUUCCUAGUCCGCGGCUUGAAAAGUCAACGAAAUAUAUUUCGGGUGAUGUUACAUCUAGCUCAGAAGUUUGGGAGUCUCAGAUACAAGAAAGUAGUAGUAGUAGUCAUGUAUCUGAAGUAAUAACAACUUCUCACAGUAAUUCGGACGUUAGAAAAAAUAUAAUUGAAUCUGAUAAAGACGUAAGACGUUCAUUGCCAUUUUCCUCUGACUCUCUUGACACUAGUGACUAUCACAGGCAUUCACGAACUGGAGACUCUUCGCGGGACGAAGGUUACCUUGAUGGAAGUGGUAAAUCCAGUGAACCAUCGGUCGUGAGAACAUCCGAUAAAAUCAGAGACACGGUUGAGGUCAGAGAUGUAUCUGAUAGUGCUGUUGAGUCCUCAGUAACAUCGUCCUCUUACAUAGUAGAGUACAAGGACGCGAGCGAUUCAAAACGCGUUGAAAAAGUAACAUCAGUAUCAACAGUUAUUCCUGAGGAAGAAUCGCCAGUUCCAAGGGGUUCUAGUACUCCGAAACGAUCGGGAACUCCAGACAAAUCGCGCCCUGAUUCACGGAAUUACAAACCAGGUCAGUCAGCGUGGGAUGGUAAAUUUGUGUACGAGAAACCACCGGUAAAAACGACACGAACCGAUGCCACGAGACCAACAAACCGUGGACAGAGAACUGACGUUGAAAUACGAGAUGUUACUGAUGAUUAUACAAUUAAUGAAGCUGAUGUCUCGACGUCUUCUUAUGUGGUCGAGACAUCGUCGAGUCGAACUAGUUUUUCGGAUAUUCGUGAGUCCAGUAUCACAUCUGUCACUCGAGAUUCCGGUGUGUGGGAUCAGAAAGAUGUCCCGAGAGAUAAACGUCCGUCGUCUCCAGAGAAAACAGAUCGAAGUGCUUUGAAACCAGGUUCUUCAACGUGGGACGGGACUUUCAAGCGCUCUGAGUCAAGUUUAUCUGCUGACAAGACUCAUACUCCUGCCAGAAGACCUAAUGUCAGUGACACAACUCUGGAUCUUCGUGAGUACGACACUAAUUCUAGAGAAAUAAGUGAAACGGUUGUUUUUGAGCAGUCACGCGUCCAUGAAAGCUACUCGGACUCUUCGAAUAUUGAUCUAGCUUCGACAGCAGUCGAGACGAUAAUUAUUGUUGAUGGUAAGCCAACUCGAACGAUAAAUUAUGGUGUUGAGUCAAUUGGAUCACCGACUACAGAAUCAGUUACACGUGACAGAGAGAUUAGAGAAGAUAGAAAGUCACCGUAUCCUGAAGAUCGUACAAAUAGACCGACGAAACCUGGAUCGUCGACGUGGGAUGGUUCAUUUUCUUAUGAGAAAACUGUUGAAUCUGAUGAAAGAAAAGUUUCAAGUGACCGAAAAAUAACAAGACAAUCAGAGAGUCCGGAAAGAAGUCCGACUGAUCGAACAGCACGUCCAGUAAAGCCCGGCUCUUCUACGUGGGAUGGAUCUUUUACUUAUGAGAAACCUGUCGAGCUCAAGAAGCCGAGCGACAAAAAAGUUGACAUCAAAAUGACAACUGAUAAGUCCAGAGACACAUCUAAUGAUCGCUAUGUGUCUAAUGUUGGCAUCGAUGUGUCGGAAGAUAUUAAGAGUACGACUGAGUACAUUACUGUGACGUCCAGCACAAAUGAUUCUAAAAUGAGAGACUCUGAGAAUGUUUACAGUACUACUUAUGACACUAGAGAUAGUAACAAGCAGUUGGGAGCGGGAAAGAGACCAGAGAAUGUGAAAAGUAGGCCGCAGAGUCCCGAAAAAUCAGCAGAUCGUUCAGCUCGUCCUUGUAAGCCUGGGUCUUCAGCGUGGGAUGGAUCUUUUACUUAUGAAAAGCCUCAAAAUUUAAACAAACCGGUUGAUAAUAAAGUGGAUGACACUAGACUGCCGAAAGAUAACGAACCCAAGGACAGCACGUAUACUGAUAAGCGGUACGUAUCUAAUAUCGAUGUAUCUGGAGAUAUUAAAAAUGUUACUGAGUUCAUUAACAUUGAAAAAUCUAGCACAAGUGAUUCGAAGACAUAUGAUUCUACUGAUUUUUCGAGUACGAUAACACAUGAAGUUACAGAUACCCGAAAGCCUUUGGGUCCUGGUAAAAGACCGGAGAGUCCAGAAAAAUCUCAAAGUCCAAUAGAUCGCUCGGAUCGUCCAACUAAACCUGGAUCUUCAACGUGGGAUGGUUCAUUCACUUAUGAAAAACCUCAAGAACUCAAAAAACCGAUUGAUAAAAAACCAAGUGACACAAAACUUCCGGUAGAUAAAAAGCCCAAGGACAUUUCACGGACAGAUCAUACAUCAAUUACUAACUCGAAUACUAAUGUUGUCGAUAUCUCUCAAGAUAUCAAAAGCACAACUAAAUUUAUUAACGUCGAAAAAUCCACUACAGUUGAUUCCAAGACUUUUGAUUCUUCAAAUUUCUCCAAUACAAUUACACAUGAAGUUUCAGACACACGAAAGCCUUUGGGCCCUGGUAAAAAACCAGAGAGUGUCAAAAAUAGACCAGAGAGUCCAGAAAAACCUCGAAGCACAGAUCGGUCAGAUCGUCCAACUAAACCUGGAUCUUCAACUUGGGACGGUUCAUUUACUUAUGAAAAGCCUCAAGAACCCAAAAAACCGAUUGACAAAAAACCAAGUGACACAAAACUUCCAGUAGAUACAAAGCCCAAGGACAUUUCACGGGCAGAUUAUGUAUCGACUACUGAUUCGAAGACUAGUAUUGUCGAUGUUUCUCAAGAUAUCAAAAGCACAACUCAGUAUAUCAAUAUUGAAAAAUCAAGCUCAACAGAUUCCAAGACUUUUGAUUCUUCGAAUUUCUCCAAUACAAUUACACACGAAGUUUCAGAUACACGAAAGCCUUUGGGUCCUGGCAAAAAACCAGAGAGUGUUAAAAAUAGACCAGAGAGUCCAGAAAAACCUCGAAGUCCCACAGAUCGAUCAGAUCGUCCAACUAAACCUGGAUCUUCAACUUGGGAUGGAUCUUUCACUUACGAAAAGCCUCAAGAGCCCAAGAAACCAAUUGAUAAAAAACCAAGUGACACAAAACUCCCAGUAGAUAAAAAACCCAAAGAUACUCCACGUACAGAUGACUACGUGUCUAUCACUGACCUGACAACCGACGUCGUCGACGUUUCUCAAGACAUCAAAAGCACAACUAAAUUUAUUAACAUCGAAAAAUCCACUACUGUCGAUUCCAAGACUUUUGAUUCUUCAAAUCUAUCAAAUACAAUCACACACCAGGUUUCGGACACCCGAGAGCCUUUGGGUCCAGGCAAGAAACCAGAGAGUGUCAAAAAUAGACCAGAGAGUCCAGAGAAACCUCGAAGCACAGAUCGGUCAGAUCGUCCAACAAAACCCGGAUCUUCAACUUGGGAUGGAUCCUUCACUUACGAAAAGCCUCAGGAGCCCAAGAAACCGGCGGCCAAAAGCAAACCAGCAGAUAAGAAAACCGGUCCCCUCGAUACAAAAGACAAACCACGAAAGCCCACCGACAGAGAAGACAGAAUCCAGCCCAUCCCAUCAGACUCCACAGUCCGCAGUAUAAAGAGAGACGAUUCAACGGACACAGUCUUCGUCAAUGAAACAGUCCAUCAAUCAUAUAUAAUUGAUAAAUCCUCCAGCUACACCGACGUAGUCCAAGAAAAUUACAUCAGCGAGUUUAAGGACAUCCGAGACCUGAGAGAUGUCACCGAAACGUCAACGAAGGAAUUUAUCAUCGAGAACCAGGUGACUAGUAUGGUAUCGCAGGAUGUCAAUGACACGCAGUAUGAGAGAAUUGAAAGUACGAAACGACCUGUGGAUUCACCGACGAGCAAACCGAUACAAGAGAAACCGGGAUACCCACGGGGAAUACCAGGACUCAGGGAAGACGAUAAACCGAAGUCAAUUCCCGCUGCGGGUAAACCAAGUCGACCAAAACAACCUGAAGAAACUAGACGGUCACCGGAAACGAGACCAAAGUCGCCAGAAAAACCCCGAGAUUACGUGACACCAGCAAAAUCAUUACCAGCAGCAGGAAAACCCAGUCGAAAACCCGAAGACAAACCAACUCCAGCAGCAGGAAAACCCAGUCGUAAACCAGAAGAUAAACCAACUGAAAAAUCAACACCUGCGGGAAAACCUGGACGGAAAACCGAUGAAAAACCAACUGUCGAAAAGUCACGACCAGCUGCUGGAAAGCCAAGCCGAUCUGAUUCUCCAGAGAAGCUGAAGAGCCCAGAAAAAAAACCACAUCGUGGAGAUCAAUCGCCAGAUUCUCUAGACGGCGAUAAACCCAAGACAUCAGCUCCCGUUGAUGUGCUAAAAGAGAUACCGCUGAAAGAGCAAUGCAUCUGCGAAUUGUGUACCUGUGGCCGUCAUCGCUGCCCACACAAUGAACCAGAAGAUCAUCUGGAUAUUUCUCACGAGCCGAUACAAUCAGUGUCGUUGUAUCGUCAAGAGUUUGAUGAGAAACACGUCGACCGUCAGGUUAAAUAUUAUCACGAAGAUCAUCUUCAUGUUGAGGGAGAAUUUACCGGUGAGCGUCGGACUGACUACGUGGCAACCCGGGGUGAAAGGGCACCGGUCAGAAAGCCCCAGGAUAAUCUAAAACCAGAAGGCGAUUUCUUCGGUAGACCGAAGGAAGAAGCUCCCACUCAUGGAGAAAGAGCACCCAUAAGACGGCCUCAGGAUAACUUGAGACCUGAAGGAGAUUUUGACAGUGUCACGACAACGGACUUAGUUUUCACUGGAAAACCUGGCGAACGUCCAACUCCAGUUCGUCGUAACACUUUUACUAAAAUCGAGGGUGAUUUUAUUGACGAAACAACAUCUAGAUCAGAGUACAUUGACCAUCGAAGUGUUGAGCGCACAGAGAUAUUUAAACGUGUGGACAAUCUUACUGUUGGAGAGGGAGAAUUUACGGGAACUUCUCAUACGAAGGAUGACUUCCAUACGUACGACAUUCAGAAGAUAGAUCGUCCGACUUAUCGCCGUCCUUCGGUUGAUCAAACGGAUCGUUUCUACAGUCACACUGACACUGAAAACGUGACGACAACACACGAGGAAUAUCGUAACUUUGAUCAGACCGACUACAGAACUUCGGUUGUAGUCAGGAGAGAGGAUAAUUUACGGCCUGAAGGUCCUUUCGAAGGACGUCCUAAAGAUGACUACUCACCGAAAAGAAUUGAACGUCCUGACGCAAUACGUCCUCAUGACAAUUUGAAACCUGAAGGUCCAUUUGAAGGCCGGCCCAAGGAUGAUUUCAAGCCAACGAGAGGUGAAAGGGCGGAUGUCAAAAAACCGAAGGACAAUUUAAGACCUGAAGGUCCGUUCGAGGGACGGCCUAAAGAUGACUUCACACCUAAACGUGGGGAAAGGCCGGAAGUUAAGAAGCCUCAGGAUAAUUUAAAACCGGAAGGGAGGUUUGAAGGAAGACCUAAAGAUGAAUACACGCCUGGAGAACGUCGUCAGCCGAUAAAACAUCCAGACAAUUUACAUCCAGAAGGAGAUUUUGAGAGGCCGGAUCAAUCGACUUACGCUCCGGGUGAACGUGCACCGAUUGUGAGACAUCCGGAUAAUUUAUUCCCAGAGGGAGAUUUUCCGGAUCGUGAGAGACAACCGUACAAGCCGGCUGAAAGAAGAACUCCGAUUAAACAUGAUGACAAUUUGAAACCUGAAGGAGAGUUCUCUGACAGACCGAGAGAUAAAUAUUCACCGGGAGAACGACGUAAGCCUAUCAGACAUGAAGAUAAUUUGAAACCUGAGGGUGAUAUUGAGUACCCGGAAGAAGAGAUUUAUGGCCCGGGUGAUCGUGCUCCUAUUGUGAGACAUCCGGACAACCUAUUUCCUGAAGGAGAGUUUCCGGAUCGUGAAAGACAGCCAUUCAGACCGGCUGAGAGAAGAACACCGAUUAAGCACGCGGAUAAUUUGAAGCCCGAAGGAGAUUUUGAGAGACCGGAGCAUGAAGAAUUCAGACCUGCUGAGAGACCGGUUGCUAAGAAGCCGAAAGAUAAUUUGAAGCCCGAGGGAGACUUCGAAAAAAGGCCGAAAGAUCAAUAUUCACCUGGUGAACGGCGACAACCGAUAAAGCAUCCAGAUAAUUUGCAUCCUGAAGGAGAUUUCGAGAGACCAGAUCAUACACCUUAUGCUCCGGGUGAUCGCGCACCUAUUGUUAGACAUCCGGACAAUUUGUUUCCAGAAGGAGACUUUCCAGAUCGUGAGAAACAUCCUUUCCGACCGGCUGAGAGAAGAACGCCAAUUAAGCACGAGGAUAAUUUGAAACCUGAAGGUGAUUUUGAAAGACCGGAGCAUGAAAAGUUUAGACCGGCCGAGAGACCAGUUGUCAAGAAACCUCAAGACAACUUGAGACCUGAAGGAGAUUUUGAACGACCUGAGAAGAAACCUGUUGGCCCUGGAGAACGUAGAACACCCAUAAAACAUGCUGACAACUUGAAACCGGAAGGAGAAUUCGAAAGACCAGAACAUGAAGAAUUUAGACCAGCAGAACGACCAAUUGUUAAGAAGCCAAAAGAUAAUCUAGCACCAGAAGGUGACAUUCACACGUACAGAUCACGCGAUGAUUAUGUUGACUUUGUUCAUCGUGAGCGUGUUGAAAUUACCAAGUAUGAGGAUAAUUUACGAAUGGAAGGAGAGUUUACUGACUCACGAACUCGUGAUGAUUUCAAAGUAGUGCGUGGCGAGCGUGUCGAUGUUGUCAGACAUGAGGACAAUUUGAGACCUGAAGGAGUGUUUGAAGGUCGUCCUAGAGAUGAUUACGGUCCAAAGAGAGCUGAGAGACCGGAAAUUAUACGUCCAGAAGAUAAUCUUAGACCUGAAGGUGAGUUUGAACGACCAGAACACAAGCCUGUUGGUCCUGGUGAGAGAAGAACUCCAAUUAGACACGCUGAUAAUUUGAAACCAGAGGGAGAUUUUGCACAGCGGCCUAAAGAAGAAGCUCCGAAAAAAGGAGAGCGCGCAGAUAUUAAGAGACCGAAAGAUAACCUCAAGCCUGAGGGAGAGUUUGAACGACCGGAACACAAGCCUGUUGGUCCAGGUGAGAGAAGAACUCCCAUUAGACAUGCAGAUAAUCUUAAGCCUGAGGGAGAUUUUGCUCAGCGGCCUAAAGAAGAAGCUCCGAAAAAAGGAGACCGCGCAGAUAUUAAGAGACCGAAAGAUAACCUCAAGCCUGAAGGUGAGUUUGAACGACCGGAACAUAAGCCAGUUGGUCCAGGUGAAAGAAGAACUCCAAUUAAGCACGCUGAUAAUUUGAAACCAGAGGGAGAAUUUGAACGUCCUGAGCAUGAAGAAUUUAGGCCUGCGGAGAGACCAACUGUGAAAAAGCCACAAGACAACUUGAGACCCGAAGGAGAUUUCGAAAGACCAGAACACAAACCUGUAGGUCCUGGUGAACGUAGAUCACCAAUAAAACAUGCUGACAAUUUGAAGCCAGAAGGUGAAUUUGCUCAACGUCCUAAAGAGGAAGCUCCUAAAAAGGGAGAUCGCGCGGAUAUUAAGAGACCUAAAGAUAAUCUCAAGCCUGAAGGUGAGUUUGAACGACCGGAGCAUAAGCCAGUUGGUCCUGGUGAGAGAAGAACUCCUAUUAAGCACGCAGAUAAUCUUAAACCUGAAGGUGAUUUCGCUCAACGUCCUAAGGAAGAAGCUCCUAAAAAAGGAGACCGUGCGGAUAUUAAGAGACCUAAAGAUAACCUUAAGCCUGAAGGUGAGUUUGAACGACCGGAACAUAAGCCAGUUGGUCCAGGUGAAAGAAGAACUCCAAUUAAGCACGCUGAUAAUUUGAAGCCAGAGGGAGAAUUUGAACGUCCUGAGCAUGAACAGUUCCGGCCAGCAGAGCGACCAGUUGUAAUAAAACCACAGGAUAACUUGGCACCGGAGGGUCACUUUGAAACGUACAGAUCACGAGAUGAUUAUGUCGACUUUGUUCAUCGUGAGCGUGUUGAAAUUACCAAGUAUGAGGAUAAUUUACGAAUGGAAGGAGAGUUUACUGACACAAGAACUCGUGAUGACUUUAAAGUAGUGCGUGGCGAGCGUGUCGAUGUUGUCAGGCAUGAGGACAAUUUGAGACCUGAAGGAGUGUUUGAAGGUCGUCCUAGAGAUGAUUACGGUCCAAAGAGAGCUGAGAGACCGGAAAUUAUACGUCCAGAAGAUAAUCUUAGACCUGAAGGUGAGUUCGAACGACCGGAACACAAGCCUGUUGGUCCAGGUGAGAGAAGAACUCCCAUCAGACACGCAGAUAAUCUUAAGCCUGAGGGAGAUUUUGCUCAGCGGCCUAAAGAAGAAGCUCCGAAAAAAGGAGACCGUGCAGAUAUUAAGAGACCGAAAGAUAACCUCAAGCCUGAGGGAGAGUUUGAACGUCCGGACAAGAAACCUGUUGGCCCUGGAGAAAGACGUUCACCAAUAAAGCAUGCCGACAACUUGAAACCUGAAGGAGAAUUCGAAAGACCAGAGCACGAGAAGUUUAGACCAGCUGAGAGACCAGUUGUCAAGAAACCUCAAGACAACUUGAGACCUGAAGGAGACUUUGAACGACCUGAAAAGAAACCUGUCGGUCCUGGAGAACGCAGAACGCCGAUAAAACAUGCUGACAACUUGAAACCGGAAGGGGAAUUCGAAAGACCAGAGCAUGAAGAAUUUAGACCAGCAGAAAGGCCAGUUGUUAAAAAGCCUCAAGAUAAUUUAAGACCGGAAGGUGACUUUGAAAGACCAGAACACAAACCUGUAGGCCCUGGAGAACGUAGAACACCAAUCAAACACGCUGACAAUUUGAAACCAGAGGGAGAGUUUGAACGUCCUGAGCAUGAACAGUUCCGGCCAGCAGAGCGACCAGUUGUAAUAAAACCACAGGAUAAUUUAGCACCGGAGGGUCACUUUGAAACGUACAGAUCACGAGAUGAUUACGUUGACUUCGUACAUCGUGAGCGUGUUGAAAUUACCAAGUAUGAGGAUAAUUUACGAAUGGAAGGAGAGUUUACUGACACAAGAACUCGCGAUGAUUUCAAGGUAGUUCGUGGAGAACGAGCUGAUGUUAUCAGGCAUCCUGACAAUCUUAGACCUGAAGGUGAGUUUGAACGACCAGAACACAAACCAGUUGGUCCAGCUGAAAGAAGGACUCCUAUUCGACACGCAGAUAAUCUUAAGCCUGAAGGUGAUUUUGCUGAGCGGCCUAAAGAAGAAGCUCCGAAAAAAGGAGACCGUGCAGAUAUUAAGAGACCGAAGGACAAUCUUAAGCCAGAGGGAGAAUUCGAUCGUCCAGUUAAGUCACCAGUUAAACCUGGGGAACGUCGUACGCCAAUUAAACACGCUGAUAACUUGAAGCCGGAAGGUGAUUUCGAAAGACCUGAGCAUGAAGGAUUUAGGCCUGCGGAGAGACCAGUUGUUAAGAAGCCAAAGGACAAUUUGAAACCAGAGGGAGACUUCGAGAGGCCAGAAAAGAAACCUGUUGGCCCUGGAGAAAGACGUUCACCUAUAAAGCACGCUGAUAAUUUGAGACCCGAAGGUGAUUUUGUUAAGAGACCCAAGGAAGAAGCACCCAAGAAAGGAGAUCGUGCAGAAGUUAAAAAGCCUAAAGAUAAUCUCAAGCCAGAAGGAGACUUUGAAAGACCAGAAAAGAAACCUGUCGGCCCUGCAGAACGUAGAACACCGAUAAAGCAUGCUGAUAAUUUGAAACCUGAAGGGGAAUUUGAAAGACCAGAGCAUGAACAAUUCAGACCAGCAGAGCGGCCGGUUGUUAAGAAACCGCAGGACAAUUUGAGACCCGAAGGAGACUUUGAAAGACCAGAACACAAACCUGUAGGUCCCGGUGAACGUAGGACACCAAUAAGACAUGCUGAUAAUUUGAAACCGGAAGGAGAAUUCGAAAGACCAGAGCACGAAGGAUUCAAACCGGCUGAAAGACCAGUUGUUAAGAAGCCUCAGGACAACUUGAGACCUGAAGGAGACUUUGAAAGACCAGAAAAGAAACCUGUUGGUCCUGGAGAACGUAGAACACCAAUCAAACACGCUGAUAAUUUGAAACCGGAAGGAGAAUUCGAAAGACCAGAGCACGAAGGAUUCAAACCGGCUGAAAGACCAGUUGUCAAGAAACCUCAAGACAACUUGAGACCUGAAGGAGACUUUGAACGACCUGAAAAGAAACCUGUCGGUCCUGGAGAACGCAGAACGCCGAUAAAACAUGCUGACAACUUGAAACCGGAAGGGGAAUUCGAAAGACCAGAGCAUGAAGGUUUCAGACCGGCUGAAAGACCAGUUGUUAAGAAACCUCAGGAUAAUUUAAGACCCGAAGGGGACUUCGAGAGACCCGUUAAAUCUCCAGUAGGUCCUGCUGAACGACGCAAACCUAUUCGUCAUGAAGAUAAUUUACAUCCUGAAGGCGAUUUCGUUGGCCGUCCACGAGACGACUAUAAACCCACUCGCGGAGAACGUUCUGAAAUUGUAAUUCACCAGGACAACUUGAAAAUGGAGGGUGAGAUUGACAUUCACAGAUCACGAGACGAUUAUAUGAGAACCACAAGAGUCGAACGGGUUGAUGUCGUGCGCAGGGAAGACAAUCUUAAAAUUGAGGGUGAAUUUACGGAUAUUCGCCGUCGUGAUGAUUACAACGUCACUCGUGGCGAACGCACAGACAUCAUAAGACACGAAGACAAUCUCUAUCCGGAAGGUGAGUUUGAACGACCGGUUUGCAAGCCUGUUGGUCCUGCCGAGCGUCGUAGUCCCAUAAAACACCCGGACAAUCUAAGACCCGAGGGUGAAUUCGAACGACCUGAGCAUGAGGGCUACCGUCCUGCUGAAAGACCUGUUGUCAAAAAGCCUAAAGACAAUUUGAAACCCGAAGGCAACUUUGAGAGACCUGAGAAACGUCCAGUCGGUCCCGGGGAACGACGUUCCCCAAUAAAACACUCAGACAAUCUUAAACCUGAAGGAGAGUUUGAACGUCCCGAGCAUGAAGGAUUCAAACCUGCUGAAAGGCCAGUGGUUAAGAAGCCUCAAGACAACUUGAAACCAGAAGGAGACUUCGAGAGACCUGAGAAAAAGCCUGUGGGUCCUGGGGAGAGACGUUCGCCCAUAAAGCAUCCAGACAAUUUGAAACCAGAGGGCGAUUUCGUUCGACGUCCCAAGUCGGAAGCUCCCAAACGAGGCGACCGGGCUGAUGUCAAGAAGCCUAAAGAUAAUCUAAGACCUGAAGGCGACUUCCAACGUCCUAGUCCCGAAAGAGUGGGACCUGGAGAACGUCGUACUCCCAUCAGACAUCCGGAUAAUCUUAAGCCCGAAGGCGAAUUUGAAAAACGUGUGCCAGCUAAAGCCCGUCCAGGUGAACGUAGAACUCCAAUUCGUCAUGAGGACAAUCUCCAUCCAGAAGGAGAGCAUCACUUUGCUCCACGUGAUGACUUCACACCUAAACGGGGUGAACGCGCGCCAGUUAAGAAACCACAAGACAAUCUACGCUCUGAAGGCGAAAUGGAAAUCACUCAGCGAACACGCGAUGACUACUCCAGAGUCGCCAACGGCAGUCGUGUUGAAAUCAAACGUCAUGAAGACAAUCUAAGGAUGGAGGGUGAAAUUGAUGUUCGUCGCACACGAGACGAUUAUAAAAAAGUAACGAAGAUUGAACGCGUGGAUAUCAGAAAACGUGAAGACAAUUUGAAGAUCGAGGGAGAGUUUGUCGACAUCAAGAGACGUGAUGAUUACAGCCACACUGUAGCUGAACGCGCGCAAAUAAAGAAACAUCCAGAUAAUCUGAGACCCGAGGGAGACUUCGAGAGACCCGAAAGACGUCCAGUUGGACCCGGGGAACGCCGAUCUCCAAUUAAACAUCUGGAUAAUCUUAAGCCUGAAGGUGACUUUGAAGGUCGUCCUAGGGACGAUUACGCUCCCAGACGCGUUGAUAGAACUGAGGUAAUUAGACGUGAAGACAACUUGAAGAUGACUGGUGAAUUCCACGGUACAACUUCUCAGAAAUCUAAUUACACAGUCGUCAGAGGCGAGCGAGCUGAUAUUAAAAGACACGAGGACAAUCUUAGAAUCAGCAGUGGCACCAUGGAAACUCGCACCACCAGCAAUGAUUCUUACUCGCCUACUAAGAGAGACGUCGUCCCUGCAGGGCAGCCUGUCAAUAGACGCAGACACAUGGAGUCAAACAUUUCUCUGGGUGAUGACGUAUCUGUCAUGACAACUACCAACCAGAGGAACUACAACACCUACACCAAGAAGACCAGCAGAGAAGCCAUAAGAGUUGAAAAAGUAGUGGAAGUUGAUAACAGGAAAGUAACUUCCGACACAAAGACAUCAGCUCAUAGACACGAAGAACAUCAUAAUAAAAUCCACAAUGAACAUCAUCAAUAUUCAUCCAAUGUCUCUAAUACUUCUAACGUCCGUCGCGUGUCUGAAGAAAGAUCAAUCACCGACAACUCUCGUCAUUCGCACAACCAAAUCGUUCGCGAUGAUUCCAUGUCUUCAAGACACUCUGACAUUCACAGCGAAAAUCGUCAAUAUUCAUCAAAUAUUUCAAACAAUCGUCGUGUGUCUGAGGAGAGAUCAGUCACCGAUAACUCUCGACAUGCUCACAACCAAAUUGUCCGGGACGAUUCCACAUCUCAAAGACACUCUGACACUCAGAGAUAUUCACCCGACACGCAGAGAUAUUCAUCAGACGUAUCAAGACAACAGAGAAUAGAGAAAACUCAGCAUCAAACUCAUCAACAGACUUCCAGUUCUCGACGUGAUUACGUCAAUCAGCAUGUUGUCAAUGAAACCCGUCAGAAAGAGACUUCCCAGCGAAGAAUUAUCAACAAUGGGCAAACCAGUUCUGAAUUCCGCCAGGCUAUAAACGGCUCCCAUUCUGAUCAAACGCACCUGCACUCUAGUGUCAACUCUAAAUCAUCUCACCACAGGAAGAACGUCAUCAGUUCAUCGUCUGCCGACGUUAAUAAUUCGGUUCUACAUCGCCGGGGAGUAGUUUCGUCCACCGAAGCCCUUCACGUGAGUUCCUCCACUGCCGCGGACCAGAAGAAAAGCAUCUCGAACCUCGCGGAAAGCGGACAGUACAUCAGCAACUCCUCGCAAAGUUCUGACCGUCGCAGCUUAACUUCGCUGCACAAAAGCGCUAAAGACGGCGGGAACCCUUACGCCUCUUCGAGCUACGAGAGACCGCAGCAGGUGGUCAGAAAAGACAACUUGACAGUCGGUGGUAAAUUUUACUCUCACAGUGAAGCUAAAAGUUACGGAAACUUCAAACAGACUGGGCAGAGAGUUGAACGAGUACACAGACAAUCUAAUGAAUCUCAUAUCAGUCUAGGCGAUUCCAGUACUACGACUUCCAGUAUGUACAAGAAAGAGUUCAUACCACGAGUACGUGGUCCAUGUCCAGCUUCUCUUCUCGAAGCUAAACAAGCCCCGUUUAAACAUACCAGAGACACUCCUAAACAUAAAUUUUAUAUGCCGCUCGUAUCCAAUUAAUUCAUUUUUUUCUCAAUUAUUACUAAUUAAUUACUAAUUUUUUUUAAUUACAGGGAUAAUGAGUGUGAUAAUAUUUAAAAAUCCCUGAUUAUUAUUUCUACAAAUAUUUACAAGUAAUUAUACGUUUUUUUUUUUGAAAAAUAUUUUUCAAUGCCAUGAUUACUUUUUAUCAAUUAAUUUUUCAAAUCAAAAGGAAGAGGUACACUGAAAAAAUUGGAAGUGAAUUCGGAUUUUAUUUUACUGAAAGUUUCGGAGUUUGAAAAAUUUCUCCGCAUGCUUGUGUUAAUUUAACUCUGAAAAAAUUAAAUGAAAAAUCUACUCCAUAUUCACUCGGAAUUUCAUCCGCGCUCCGAAAAUUUUUCAGUGUACGAUUAUUUAAUGAUCCUGAAGUUAGCAGACAAUUAGCAAUUUUUGAAUUUUGUUUUCCAACAACUAAAUUUGAAAAAAAAUUAAUAAAAAAAAUGCACAUGUAGAAAAUUAAAAAAUCUACAAGUGCAAUUUUUUCAAAUAGUUUUUUUUUUUAUAAUUUAUCAUUUUUUAAAAAAUUCAAAAAUUAUUAGAAGUCGGCUAACCAGUAUCAUGAUUAGUUACUUCUAGAAAAAAAAAAUAUAUAUACGUAUUGUUAAAUGGUGAUAAAUUUUUUUAGCUUGA